UUCACCUUUGUGUUUUGAACCAUUUUCUCUAUUUUCCCAGCGUUGGGAUAGCCAUUCUUUUCUAUCAGGAGCGAGCUCCUCGUCACUCAUUACUUUCGGCCACUCUUUAGGCAUCUAUUUAUUUUGUUAUUUUGAGAUAACAUCCACUCCUUUAUAAGACUGAUAAAAUGCGGUUUUCCGUAGCAGUAGCGGUUAGUUUCCUAACCGCUUGCGCGUACGCCCAGACGCCCUCCUACCACUACGACUUCGACCUCACUGCGGCAAACUACGAGGACAGAGCCUCAGAGCUAGGCGGCGCGUACCGCCUCUCCAACAUAAACGGCCAUGUCGAUGGCGGCAAAACCCUUUUCACCGCAGUCUGGGAGAAAACGCCCUCCGACGCCACCGAGCGACAAGUCUUCAUCGACCAAACCCUCGACGAAUUCCAGGCAACCCUCGCCUCCCUCAAGAACACUUACCACCCAAUCGUCCUAAACGGCUACCUAAACGCAGCGGGCAAGACCCUCUUCGCCUCGAUCUGGGAGUCCUCCCCGGCCGAUAUAGGUUUCUGGGACGUCACGUUUGAAAAUGUAUAUAGUGUCCUCGACAAGCGGACGAAGGAAUACGGCGCCCUAACCCCGCCCAUCCGGCCACUGUGGUAUAGCGCAUACCUCGCUGCGCCAGACGCCGACCGCUACGCGCUUAUUUGGGGCGUCGACCACUCGCAGCCCAACGACAAUGCCACGAACCCGGAUAAACCAUACUACUAUGGCACAGCCCCAGCCAAGUAUUUCCACGAGUACGUCGUCUCCGCGGGGAUCCGGGGGACGAUGCCCGUGACCGUGGACGUGAUUCCGUUGUAUGGGCAGCCCAAGUUCUCAAGUCUGUGGAGGAAGGUUGCGCCGGCGAACUCGUAUCCGAACUGGAGUGCGUACCGCGAGAUCAACCGCAAGACCAUGCAGGCUCAUUUGGAGGAAGGCGCGCGGAAUGGUGGGCGACUGCUUAGCUUGGUUGCGUAUAAUGUGCAGGGCGUCGGGAUGCAGUAUGCGGCCGUCAUCGAUGAUGCACCGCCUGCGGUGCGUGAGACGUAUCUUCCCGGUCAGCCGCUCUGGCCGGUUGUUACGACCUCGUCGUCGACUGUUGAUUGUCCGCCUACGAGUACUACCUCUGUGGUGCGGAUGACGUCUUCUGUUACUACCACGACCACUACUACUGCCAAGCCUACGACAACGACGACAACGAUGCGUACGACUACUGCGGCGCGCACGACGACUACCAAGCCUACAACCACUACCAAAAAACCCACGAGCACCACCAAGCCUACGACAACCACCAAGAAGCCCACCACUACGACGACUACGAAGAAGCCCACGACCACGGCAACCACGAAGCCAGUCGCCAAUGGGAGUCCGGGCUGGGCUGCGGUAAUCGAAAAGAUUAGAAACGCUGCUGUCAAGAAGGUUGUCAGCAAAAAAGCCGGUGCAUAAGCUUCUGGCAACCUCUGGGAAAUUGAGUUCCUAGCAGCUACGCUCUAGGGACGCUGGGUUAUCGAGGUGAUGUGGUAGAAGAACCUUUUUCUUGGCAGACAUGUAAUAUUAUUUGGCCUUGUAUUGACAUGGUGACUCAGGAUUAAUCAAGCUUAUAUGGUACUAAGAGGACAAGUCAUUAGGGCUAGUGAACCUCGGGAACUAGAUGGUUACCUAAUUAUUUUCUCAAUACUAUUACCCUCGAUGAACGGCUUCUUUCUGAGGA